GCCGCGACGCGCUGUCAUUAGCAGCCGGCGCGGUCGCCUGGCUAGCACAGAGCCCGUGAUUCCAGACCCCUCCGGCUCCACCGUCGGAGAGCACCAUGGACGACAAGGAGUUAAUUGAAUACUUUAAGUCUCAGAUGAAAGAGGACCCGGACAUGGCAUCAGCAGUGGCCGCCAUCCGCACAUUGCUGGAGUUCUUGAAGAGAGAUAAAGGGGAAACGAUCCAGGGCCUGAGAGCAAAUCUCACCAAUGCCAUAGAGACGCUGUGUGGCGUGGACUCCUCGGUGGCAGUGUCCUCUGGCGGGGAACUCUUCCUCCGCUUCAUCAGCCUCACUUCCUUGGAGUACUCUGAUUACUCCAAAUGCAAAAAGAUCAUGAUUGAGCGGGGAGAGCUCUUUCUCAGGAGAAUAUCCCUGUCGAGAAAUAAAAUCGCCGAUCUGUGCCAUACGUUCAUCAAAGAUGGGGCGCGCAUCUUGACUCACGCCUCCUCCAGAGUGGUCCUGCGAGUCCUGGAAGCAGCCGUGGCAGCCAAGAAGCGCUUCCACGUGUACAUCACGGAGUCCCAGCCCGACCUGUCAGGUAAGAAAAUGGCCAAAGCCCUCUGCCACCUCAACGUCCCUGUCACUGUGGUGCUGGAUGCCGCUGUUGGCUACAUCAUGGAGAAAGCAGAUCUGGUCAUUGUGGGUGCCGAAGGCGUGGUGGAGAAUGGAGGCAUCAUUAACAAGAUUGGAACCAACCAGAUGGCCGUGUGUGCCAAGGCGCAGAACAAGCCGUUCUACGUGGUUGCGGAAAGCUUCAAGUUUGUGCGGCUCUUCCCACUGAACCAGCAGGACGUCCCCGAUAAGUUCAAGUACAAGGCAGACACCCUGAAGUCGGCGCAGACCAGGCAGGACCUCAAGGAGGAGCACCCAUGGGUGGACUACACCGCCCCGUCCUUAAUCACCCUGCUCUUCACAGACCUGGGUGUGCUCACACCCUCGGCUGUCAGCGACGAGCUCAUCAAGCUGUACCUCUAGCGCCAGAGUCUCCACCAGGAGCCUGG